AUGCUGUUGGCGCAGCGCCGGUCCCGACUCUUAUAUUGUAUUCGGAGGAAAUCUCACUCGCAAGCUAGAUAUGUUCAUGCUCCUUUCCGGGUCCUCUUCUUCGGCCGGGAUGAAUUCUCGUGUUCCAUUCUCAAGAGACUGCACGACGAACCUACGUUAUACGAGACCUUGACGGUCGCUACCACGCCAGAUAUCUACAUUGGCAGAAACCGUGACAUCUUGUCAGUCUCGCCUCUGAAGACCCUGGGAUCAUCCCUUGGAAUUGAUGUGCUGGAGAUGCCUAGGUCGCGCGCGGCAGCCAAGAUGUGGUUGCCUCCACGGCCAUUCUCAGAUAACUUAAAGCCACCUCUGGAGAAUGUCCUCGUGACCGCCUCGUUCGGCCGUAUACUUCCCGGCCGCCUCCUUCGUCUCUUUGACCCAACCCGUCGAUUAAACUGCCAUCCAAGCGCGCUGCCAGCAUACCGCGGACCCGCACCCAUACAACGCGUUCUGCUCAACUCAGAGUCGCAGACAGCCGUCAGUGUCAUUGAGAUGACCGAGGUGCUACGCAAAGCCGAGCGUGAAAAGCGGACGGACGGCACUGGCGGUAUCGAUUCUGGAGGGAUAUGGGACACACGGCCAUUGAGUGUACCUCCUUACAGUGACUUCGCCACAUUACGCGAUCAGCUUGCGGUUGCUAGUGGUGACCUUCUAGUAUCUGUGCUACAUCGCAUGCGUUCGGGCGAGCUUCGAUCACCAAUGCCUCAAGCCAUCCCGGAUGCCAGCACCCCGAGGGCGUCUUUGAUCUUACCGAAGGAUGCGCUGGUGCACUUCGACCGCUACGACGCCCAUACUAUCCUGCAACGACACCGAGCGAUCGCUCACCACAAACCUCUCACGGCCGUGCUCGCUGCCGGAAAGCACGUACAGCUACAUGGAAUGUACGUGUGUAACAACACGCAAACCGGUCUCCCUCCAGGAACUGGAUACUUCGAUGCCAAUCGCGACUAUACGGGCGACCGACCUGGCGAGCGAGUACUCCUGUCUUGCGCGAACGGGACCACACUCGCUGUCCUAUCCCUCAAAACGGAAAGCAAGAGGUUGCUCGACGCUCGCUCUUGGUUCAUCGGGGCGCCGACGGAAAAGCUGGAUGGGAAGAAGGUCGUUCGUUUCAUCGCCCCGCCCGCGGACGCUUUUGCUCGUCCCCAUUAG